AUGAUAACAAAGUUCUACCAGCAUGUCCUAGCUUUGGAGUUUGCCAUCAAUGAGAUCAACAAGAAUCCCAAGAUCGUGCCCAACGUCACCCUUGGCUUCCACAUCUAUGACAGCUACUAUGAUAUGAGGACAACCUAUCGUGCCAUGCUGGAUCUGCUGUGCAAAUUGCAUAGAUCUGUUCCCAACUAUGAAUGCAAUGCCCACAAAAACUUGAUGGCAGUCAUUGGGGGAUUCAAUUCUGAAGUCUCUUUACACAUGGCAGACAUCCUAAGUCUCUACAAGAUUCCGCAGCUGACAUACGGAUCAUUUGCCCCAGAGGUAAGAGAUGAAAAAAAAAUCCCUUCCUUUUACAGCAUGGUUCCAAAUGAAGCCCAUCAGAAUAUCGGGAUCAUACGCUUGCUUCUCCAUUUCCAGUGGACGUGGGUUGGCCUUUUUGCUGUGGAUGAUGACAGCGGAGAACAUUUCUUGAAGGUGCUGGAGCCCCUGCUUUCCCAAAAUGGAAUCUGUUUGGCUUUCAUGCAAAACAUUCCAAACAAACACAAUUGGGAAGACUUGUAUUACGCUUCUGAUAGAUUUUUAGAAAUUUAUUUACCUCUUGCAGAGAGCAAAGCCAAUGCCUGUAUCGUCUAUGGAGAUUCAAUGGUCCUUAUAACACUUUAUAUUAUUAUAUUUUUUUGUAAUCCCAAUUAUAAAGAAAAUGCAUCACUGAGAAAAGUUUGGAUUAUGACAGCCCAAGUUGAUUUUGCACUAACUGGCCUUCAGAGGGCCUGGGAUUUCCAGUUCUUCCAUGGGACCAUUUCCUUCACAAUUCAUUCAGAUGAGCCUCUUGGCUUCCAGAACUUUCUUCAAGACAUAAAGCCUUAUCAGCAGCAAGGAAACAGUUUUCUAAAGGAAUUCUGGGAGCAAGCAUUUGACUGUUUCUAUCCAAAUCCCCAGGAGACAAGGGACACCAGUGAAACCUGUACUGGGGAGGAGAGGCUGAAGAGCCUUUCUUGGCCUGUUUUUGAAAUGAGCAUGACUGGUCACAGCUACAGCAUUUACAAUGCAGUCUAUGCCAUAGUGCAGGCUAUUCAUGUCCUAUACUCAUCCAGAUCCAGUCACAGGGCAAUGAUCAAUGGUAAAAUAAAGGAACGUCAAGAUCUCUGGCCUUGGCAGACGUUUUGCUGCUAUGAUUGUGUUCCUUGCCCAGAAAUGCAGACUUCAAGCCAAAAGGACAUGGAUGAUUGCAUCAAAUGCCAGAGUGAUCAAUAUCCAACCAAGAACCAAGAUGGAUGCCUUUCCAAAACAAUAAGUUUCCUGUCUUUUGAAGAACCUUUAGGAAUUAGUUUGGCUUCCAUAGCUGUAUCUUUAGCUUUUAUCACAAUCAACGUGUUAGGCAUUUUCAUUAAAUACAAAGACACCCCCAUUGUCAAAGCCAACAAUCGGAGUCUCACCUACAUACUUCUUAUUGCUCUCCUGCUCUGCUUUCUCUCUUCUUUGCUAUUCCUUGGAAAACCAGAAAAGGUGACCUGCUUCCUCCGACAAUCUGUUUUCAGCAUGAUCUUCUCAGUGGCUAUACCUUGUGUGUUGGCCAAAACCAUCACUGUGGUUGUAGCUUUCAUGGCCACCAACCCUGGGUCCAGCAUGAGGAAGUGGGUGGGGAAACGGCUGAAUAUUUCAGUGGUUCUUUCCUGUUUCAUCAUCCAAGCAUGUAUUUCUGUGGUGUGGCUAACAACCACGCCACCAUUCCCAGAUUUUGAUACACUGUCACUGGCUGAACACAUCAUAGUGCAAUGUAAUGAAGGGUCUGUUCUCAUGUUCUGCAUUGUUCUGGGAUAUAUGGGGCUUCUAUCCAUCAUGAGUUUGACUGUGGCUUUUCUAGCCAGGAAGUUGCCUGACAGUUUUAAUGAAGCGAAGUUCAUUACCUUCAGCAUGCUGAUCUUUUGCAGUGUUUGGCUUUCUUUUGUUCCAACAUAUAUGACCACCAAAGGGAAAUACAUGGUAGCUGUGGAGAUCUUCUCUAUCUUGGUGUCUAGUGCUGGCUUACUGAGCUGUAUCUUUUCCCCCAAAUGCUACAUCAUUAUGUUGAGACCUGAGCUAAACAGGAAAGAGAUAAAAACAAAAAAGGAUGAUAUUGAAAAAGUGCAAUCGGAAGUGGAGAAACAGAGAUCCGAACAUGUUCAUGGGCUUGAUUCCCAACGGAACUAUUAUGAGACCUUAUUAGAAAAGAAAAAGAAUGAUUUUGAGGAAAACAUAGGAGAACUAUAA